AUGGGCAUGAUCGAGGAUAUGCUGAAGUGGUGUCGCACAGUUGGGUACCAGGUAUGCAGUCAAGUAUGCCCUCUAAGCGCAGUUCCGACAGAGGUGCAGAGUCCCGACUUUGAUCCUCUGAAUACCGUGCAUAUUGCCGGAAGCAGAGGCAAAGGCUCCACCUCGGCGGUUAUCGCUGCCAUUUUGUCCGAAUACCAAGGCCCGCACGUAAGCAAAGUUGUGUCUCUAUACGGCUCCCUAUCUGCGCACGGCUCGAGAGCGAAUUCCAUGGCCUUCCAUCAAACCCCCCUGUCAGAGAAGCAAUUUGUCACGUAUUUCAACGAUAUCUGGGAGAGACUGGGUUUGACUGAGGAAUGUACCGAAGGCGGACCCCCGUUCGCUCGCUUCCUCACCUACCUACUGGCACUGCAUGUAUUCCUUCAAGAAAGGGUCGACAGCGUGGACCUGGUGGGCCCCUGGUUUGCGAGAAAGGCGGCACAACAAGUCUCUUCGAAUCGCGUCCUCAUCUUCAAUCAGUCCACCCGAGAUGCCUUCACACUGGUCCGGCGCUCGAGAGACAGCAUUCGCCGGUCGGCGGAGCGCAACGAGGUCGCGGACAUGGAACAGGUAUUGAUGACUUUCUGCGCUCAUCGGCGGGGGAUUCCGGGCGAAGAGAUGACGGGGAUCACAAUGGUUCGGACGGUGGAAGAGGCGGUGCGCUGCGCCGGGGCCGUCGGCACUGUGUUGUCGAACGGAGAGCAGAAUUCUCCGCUGGUGCUCAUCACGGGCAGCCUGCAUUUGAUCGGCAGUGCAUCGCAGGUGUUGGAGACGCUGGAGGGUGGCCUGCACCUGUAA